CGACCCUUCUUUUAUCACUUAUCAUGGCUUCUACUUCUUCAACCCGUCCCAGCUAUGAUGUUUUUAUUAGCUAUAGAGGCAAAAAUAUUCGAGAUGGUUUUGUCUCCCAUCUCUUGAAUGCUUUCCAGCAAAAACAAAUCAAUGCCUUCUUGGAUGAAAACCAUUGUAAAGGAGAAGAUAUCUCACCAGCUCUCUUGGCAACAAUUGAAGAAUCAUAUGUCUCAGUAGUGAUUUUCUCUCAAAAUUAUGCCGAUUCUUCAUGGUGCUUGGAUGAGCUUGUGAAGAUACUUGGAUGCAGGAAAACAUUAGGACAAUUAGUCCUACCAGUUUUUUACCAUGUAGAUCCAACUGAUGUUCAAGAGCUGACUGGGAAUUUUGGGGAGGCAUUUACUAUUGCUAAGCAUGGAGAAGAACUCAAAGGCUGUUUAGACAGGGUGGAACAAUGGUGCCAUGCUUUGAUGGAAAUAAGCAAUAUAAAAGAAUGGGAUUCACGGAAUUUCAAGUUUGAAUCCAAACUAGUUGCGAAAAUAGUUAAUGAUGUUUGGGAGAAAUUAGGUUGCUUCUCUUCAAGUGAUUCUCCCAUUGACAACUUAGUUGGACUUGAGUCGCCUGUAAUGAAAGCGGAAUCCUUAUUAAGUAUUGAAUCAACGGAUAAUAAAAGAGUCAUAGGAAUUUGGGGUAUGGUAGGUAUUGACAGGACAACUAUUACUAAUGAAGUAUACAGUCGAAAACUCAUACAAAUUUGAUAGUUAAUGUUUUGUUGAUAAUGUCAAAGAGCAUAUGAGAAAACAAACAUCAAUUGCUUUAUGCGAUAAAAUCAUUGAGCAAUUUUUAGGGUAAAAAAAUUUACCUAUAAACACACCUCAGUUACCUGCUUUCAUUAAGAGAAAACAUCGUAGUAAAAAGGUCGUCAACGUUGUUGACGAUGUGGAUGAUCCAAACCAUUUAAAGCUUUUAGCAAGAGAUCAUGAUUUGUAUCAUAAUGGAAGUAGAAUUAUUUUAACUAGCAGAGAGAGACAUUUGCUUAAAAAUGUUUGCGAUGAGGAUUAUAUAUAUGGGGUUGAAAAAUUAAUUUAUGAUGAA